AUGGAAUUCGGGCUCUUCGUCGUGCUCGCGGUCGUUAUCCUUAGUCGUGAAGCGAUCCUGUCGAAGAAGUCUGGAGAUGCUGUCAAAGCUGUCUUGACGCCGCUGUGGGGUCUCGAACGCGCAGAUCACGCGGCUGCCGUCGUCAUGCUGGCGACGUCGCUGCGACGCAAAACGCCGUCAUCGUACACGCAUGCAUGGCAAGUGGCACCACACGCUGCGUUCACGCAAGUGACGGACGAAAAGGCGACCGACAUGUCCGUGUGGCGGAAACAAGAGUCGAAAACACUCACGGGACGGUUCUACUGGUACAACAGCAAAACGAAAUCGACGCAGUGGGAACAUCCGCUAGCCAAACACGAACCCCCGCCGCCGCUGAUGUGCCUCACCACGAGUGUGGUAGAAAUAGCCGCCGUCAACUUGGGCCAGACGCACGCCAAGCUCCGGUACUUUGUCGUGGACUGUCGCGGCACGCGGUCCUCGCAAGACAUCAAGAGCGGCUCGAUUCCGUCGGCAUUUCCUCUGGACCCAACUGUAUUUGACAACCCGGAUCUAAUGCAUCGGACGCUGGAGACGCUGAGGCCACUGGGGUCUCAAGUUCACGUCGUGUUGGUGGGCCACGGCGCCGUGAUGCCCACUGCACCGACCGAUGAAGUUGCCGCGCAUGUUCGCGAAGGCAUCCGUGAAGACUUGGCCGUCGUAAAUCGCGCUGCGCUAUUUUUCCAAAAGCAUGGGUUCCGCUUUGUCAGUGCACUGGAUGGAGGGUACGCGGCAUGGCAUGCGUUUGUCCGAGAUGCGCCGUACACAUCGGUGCAUGAGCUAAUCGGUCACGAUCAACCCGAGUGCCGGUACUGCCGCGUCGAUGCCGGUACCGACCCCGAUGCCGUGGCGGGGCCGAAGAGGCGUUCAAGCAUCCCUCGCCUCCGCACAAGCUUGACAAAGCUCAAGAUGCCAACGCUAACCUCCCUCAGCUUCAAAAAGCACGACAACGUCAAGGACCGGCUGAGUGUGUCGUCGACGUCGUCGAGUAACCGCGAUUCGUUGAAGGAUCGCCUAUCUGUCGGAGGAUGGUCUCUCGUUCGAUCGCGCAGCAGUAUUGACAACUCAGCUAGUCAAAUCGUCGGGUUCGACGGGGAAGAAGACUUGGAGGGUGAGCCCAUGGAGCCCCGUGAAAGUUGGAGCGACGAAGAGAUUGAGAUUUCCCUGCCCACCCUGUCUGCGUAG